CCGAGGACCCAGUGAGCGGCGGCGGCGGGGUUAGCGGUGUAGCCGGGGAGGAUUAUUUUUAUCAUUGCGCUGUUUUUAUACGGAAUAUCGCCGGUCUCCGCGGGUUCUUCGCGAGGGCGGGAGUGUGUCUCCUGCCUAGCAUUGUAAACGCGGCGGAUUUUGCGAUAUUUCGUGUCGUUUCGUGUCGUUUUAGCGGCGAGACUGCGAUCCGAGCUCCAGCCUGCUAUUGAUCGCAGGCGGAGCAGCUCAGCGCUGAACGCGGCUGAUAGUCUCAUUCAGCCGGGAUGCUAUUUUAGGACAUACAGCUAACAGCGUGUUAAACAGCAUAUCAGCCAUUAUUUAUACAUUAUUGAUGUAAAAAAUGGUUAUUUAGGUUGCUGAGGCUCGUAGUUCGUGCAGUAGGUGCUGUAUAAUCUGACACAGCUGCUAUAAAUAAAGCUAAUAAGAUGGAUUUGUGGUUAAGAGGAGAGCUCGGCUAGUGCUGCUUUGUUUUUGUUUGUUUGUUGGUUUGUUUGUUGGCUGGUUGCUCUGGCAAAGAUGUGUGCCAGCUUCAGGAGUGAGGAGAUGUGCCUGGCCCAGCUGUUUCUGCAGUCCGGCUCUGCAUAUGACUGCAUCAGUGAGCUGGGAGAGAUGGGGCUGGUGGAGUUCAGAGAUCUGAACCCGAGCGUCAGCCCCUUCCAGCGUCGCUUCGUCAGCGAGAUCAAGAGGUGUGAAGAGAUGGAGAGAAUUCUGGGUUAUCUGCUGAGAGAAAUCCGGAAGGCGAACUUGGCUGUUCCAGAGCCUGAAGUCAGUCCUGUGGCUCCUGCACCCAAACACGUCCUGGAGAUCAUGGAGCAGCUCCAGCGUCUGGAGGUGGAGCUUAGCGAGGUGGCGAGGAACAAAGAGAAGCUCCAGAGGAACCUUCUGGAGCUCACUGAGUACACACACAUGCUGAGGAUCACACACACCUUCAUGCACAGCCGCUCCAGGCACGAGGCUCUGGGGCCGCAGUAUGAGGAGUUUCCCUCUCUGGAUGCAGAGUCUGUGGCGGGCUGCACUGGCAUGCAGAGACUGGGGGCCAAACUGGGGUUUAUCUCUGGGCUGAUCCAGCGGGUGAAGAUGGAGGCGUUUGAGCGCAUGCUGUGGCGAGUGUGUAAGGGAUACACUAUCCUCAGCUAUGCUGAAGUGGACGAGAGUCUGGCAGACCUGGACACUGGAGAGAUCAGUAAGAACGUGGUUUUCCUCAUUUCCUUCUGGGGCGACCAGAUUGGCCAGAAGGUUCAAAAGAUCUGUGACUGUUACCACUGUCAUCUUUACCCUCACCCGGAGACUGAUGAAGAGCGAGCAGAUGUAAUGGACAGUCUAAGGACUCGCAUCCAGGACCUCAACAAUGUACUACACCGUACUGAAGAUUACCUGAAGCAGGUUCUUCAUAAAGCCUCAGAGUCUGCGCACUCAUGGGUUCUGCAGGUGAAGAAGAUGAAGGCUAUUUAUCACAUCCUUAACCUCUGCAGCUUCGACGUCACCAACAAGUGUCUCAUAGCCGAGGUGUGGUGUCCUGUCAAUGACCUGACCAACCUGCGGAGGGCGCUGGAGGAGGGCUCUAGGAAAGGAGACGCCACUGUCCCAUCAUUUGUGAACCGAAUCCCGAGUAAAGACACUCCACCCACUCUCCUGAGGAGCAACAAGUUUACGUCUGGGUUCCAGAGCAUUGUAGAGGCGUAUGGAGUCGGGGACUACAGAGAGGCCAGUCCAGCUCCUUACACUAUUAUCACCUUCCCCUUCCUGUUUGCGGUGAUGUUUGGAGAUCUUGGGCACGGUUUGGUGAUGACGCUCUUCGCCCUCUGGAUGGUGCUGACCGAGAAGAGCCACAAACGAAAACACUCAGGAAAUGAGAUAUGGACUAUGUUCUUUGAGGGGAGAUAUAUCAUCCUGAUGAUGGGUCUGUUCUCCAUCUACACCGGACUCAUCUACAACGACUGUUUCUCCAAAUCCAUCAACAUCUUCGGAUCAGGCUGGAACGUCAACGCCAUGUUCACAGAGCAGCAGUGGACAAACCAAACUUUACAGACGAGCGCUCUCCUCACCCUCGAUCCCAACAUCUCUGGAGUCUUCACUGGACCCUAUCCACUAGGCAUUGAUCCAAUCUGGAACAUGGCGGUGAAUCGGCUGACGUUUCUGAACUCCUAUAAGAUGAAGAUGUCUGUGAUUAUCGGAGUCGUGCACAUGAGCUUCGGUGUGGUUCUUAGUGUCUUUAACUACCUGCACUUCAGGCAGAAGUUUAAACUGUACCUGCUGUUCCUGCCGGAGCUGCUCUUCCUGCUCUGUCUCUUCGGUUAUCUGGUCUUUAUGAUCUUCUAUAAAUGGCUGGCCUUUUCUGUCCAGGAUUCGAGGACAGCCCCCAGUAUCCUCAUCCACUUCAUCAGCAUGUUCCUCAUGCAGGGCAAUGCCACCACACCACUGUAUCCUGGACAGAUGGGUCUGCAGGUGUUUCUGGUGGCCAUGGCUCUGCUGUGUGUUCCUGUGCUCCUGCUGGGGAAACCGCUUUACCUCUACUGGCUUCAUCACGGCAGCAAAAGCCUGGGAGUCCACAGGGUGUGUGGCUAUGAGCGAGUUCGCCGUUUAAGUGAGGACGAUCUGUCCCCGUCUAUCGUCCACGAUGAAGAGGAAGGGCUGGAUGAUCACCCGGGUCGAGACUGCAGCCCAAAAGAGUUUGAUUUUGGGGAUGUUUUCCUACAUCAGGCCAUUCACACUAUAGAGUUCUGCCUGGGCUGCAUCUCCAACACGGCAUCGUACCUUCGCCUGUGGGCCCUCAGCCUGGCUCAUGCUCAGCUGUCGGAGGUGCUGUGGGCGAUGGUCCUGCGUGUUGCUCUGAGGAUUAACUCCAGGUUGGGGGUGCUGGUUCUCGCCCCUGUUUUCAGUCUCUUCGCCAUCCUCACCGUCUCCAUCCUGCUGAUCAUGGAGGGGCUCUCUGCCUUCCUGCACGCCCUGCGCCUACACUGGGUGGAGUUUCAGAACAAGUUCUACAGUGGAACAGGUGUAAAAUUCGCCCCCUUCGACUUCUCCCUGCUUCCCUCCGUCUUCGAGCAGGAUGGAUUACUGUGAGCAGCGAGGAAAUUCUGAGACCUGAGCUAAUCCACCCUGGCUUACCAUGACUUACACUCCUCCUGUUUCCUCACCGCAGCUCUGCAGCACUAACCACAGCAACCGGACGUUUCAUCGCCUUUCCUUUUAUACCAUUUCAACAUUCCAGCCCAUCCCCCACUUUUUUAUUAAAGCAGGAUCAAUCGAGACUGACUGCCUUAGAUAAACACAUUCAUAUCAGCGAUAUCUGCCACUGACUAUCAUCACCGGCUCCACCAAACUCAACAUCACUCAACAUCUGCCAUAUAACAUCUUUAAAUAAGUUUGUCAGUGCAGCCCUGCUGUUAUAUUUAUAUUUUAUUAGAGAUACGACCUCGACUUGGGAAACCCUCUUAUUUAUUCACAGACAUUUCCAUUUUCAUAUCGGAUUUCAAAAGUGCCAUAAGUAUUUUUCCAGAUACAGUUUUGUAUGCUACUCUGAAAUGGGAAUAUUGAAUUUAUUGAGCCGUCUCUAUCCCGUGGAUCUGAAGCACGCACACGCACACAUUAUGAAGUAAAAAAAAAUACUUGUGAUGUUUCAGGUAAACUUCGCAAGUAAAAGAAAAAAAUAGCCAUCAUUUUCAUACUAGAUAGAAUUUUCAUUGAAAUUUUCAUUGAGUACAGUAUUAAAGCAUCAUUUGCAAAAAGAGA